GUUGCAGUUGGUGUAGGAGAGAGAGCGAGGAAGGUUUGUCUUGCCCUAACAGUACAUAUGCGCUGUGGACAAUUCCCUCGUCAGACAAGCCUGAUUAUUUCUUUAGAGGGGCGGGGAAGUCAACCAUUGCAGACUGGUGUCAUGACGAAGAGCACUACCCCAUCCUAACAAUUAACCUUGAUGAGAUAAGAUUACUUUCAAUUAUCGCAGCCGGGCACGUGUACAGAGCCGCGCGCGCUCUCUCCGAGGAUUUUGGACUAAAUGAAAUGAUUAGGAGACAAUAAGUGCCCACAGACGAUUUUACUUCGUUUCGGUUCCAGAUCGGUGAGCAGCCGUUUUGCCGAAGAAAGCCAUGGGAACUUAAUACAGUAGAGGGAAUUAGAGGGUGAAUUUUGGGAUUUGCGACAGAAAUGCCGAACUGACUAAAGAAUCGGACUCGUCUUCUGUAAUUUCUUUUUUAUAUAGGGAGCUACACUGUUUUUUCUCUCACGUUAUCUUUUUUUGCACGACAGCAGCUGAACGGCAGUGUCUGGACAGCACAUGCCAACCGUCCGCUCUGCUUCCUCGCAUCUGCACCCCGGUCACUCGAGAUGAUCACGGAGUCCCGAGCCUGAGCGGUGUGGAGCGGCGAGAACGGACAAUUCCAUCGGUCGUUUCUCCUCGUCCGCAACGCGAGCGACGGACGAGCAGCCUAACAACAAGAAAAGUCAUCGCCGGCGCCCCGUUGGAAACAUGGAUCAGGACGAGGAGACCAUGGAGGUGUCGAAAAAAUCCGUAAUCGCGAAGAUUUUCAAAGUUCGCAAGCGGCGGGAGAUGCUUUUCGUACAAGUGUGUUUUAUCUGCAGUGUCCUCUUCAUGGCGUGGUGCAUGUCAGCACUCCUGACGAAGGCAGGUCAUGGGAUGCUGGUGGAUGGCGGACAUGAGGUGCAUCACCACGACAACUACUGGGGAAGGAGACUCAUGGCCUCUUUUCCUGACGGCAAUGAGACGGAGGAGAAGAACUGCACUGAGCCUGCCAUACGUGAGUUUCCUGGUGACAUGUUUUCCAAUGAUGAGCGAAAGAGCGGUGCAGUCUUACUUCAUAUAACAGCGGCGCUCUACAUGUUUCUGGCUCUUGCCAUUGUGUGUGAUGACUACUUCGUCAUGUCCUUGGAGAAGAUCUGUGAGAAAUUGGACCUGAGUGAGGAUGUGGCGGGAGCCACUUUUAUGGCAGCAGGGAGUUCUGCUCCUGAGCUCUUUGCCUCUGUUAUAGGUGUCUUUAUUACACAUGGUGAUGUGGGCGUUGGAACCAUCGUGGGCUCCGCCGUCUUCAACAUCCUAUGCAUCAUCGGAGUGUGUGGGAUCUUUGCUGGACAGGUGGUGAUGUUGACCAAGUAUGCGGUGUUCCGGGACUCCAUCUGCUACACCUUCUCAGUGGUGGCCCUCAUCGUGUUCAUCUACGAUGAGAAGAUUGUGUGGUGGGAGGCCCUGAUCCUGGUACUAAUGUACUGCAUCUACAUUCUCAUCAUGAAAUUUAACACCUCUAUACAGAAGCUGUUUACCGGCAAAGGGAGCAAGAAUGUUGCCAACGGAAAUGCUGCCAGUGGCAGUGAGAUGGAGGAUGUGAAGCCUACUAAGGCCUACAGCCGUGGCUCUGUGGUGAUGGUCGAUGAAAUCAUCAAUGCGAGCCCUCCCAAGUACCGCUUCCCUGAGGCCGGCUUGCGUGUCAUGGUCACCAACCAUUUUGGCCCCAAGACCCGUCUUCGCAUGGCCAGUCGACUCAUCAUUACUGAGCGUCAGAAGCUGGUGCAGGGAGCCAACGGGGUGGAAACGGCCGUGGUGGACGGCAAAACUGACAUUGAGAACGGCAACGUGCCCGAAGACAAGCCCAGCGAAGAGGAGGAGAGCGAGCUGACCUCGCCGUUCAGAAUACCACGAGGCUGUAUGAACAAGAUAAAGUGGCUGAUCUCAUGGCCCCUGCUCCUGCUGCUCUUCUUCACCAUCCCCAACUGUGCCAAACCGCGCUGGGAGAAGUUCUUCAUGCUCUCCUUCAUCCUCUCCACCGUCUGGAUCGCCGUCUUCUCCUACUUCAUGGUGUGGAUGGUAACGGUCAUCGGAUUCACACUUGGCAUUCCCGAUGUCAUCAUGGGAAUCACUUUCCUGGCCGCCGGCACCAGUGUGCCAGACUGCAUCGCCAGUCUCAUCGUGGCACGGCAAGGGCUUGGGGACAUGGCUGUGUCUAACACCAUUGGCAGUAAUGUGUUUGACAUCUUAGUCGGCCUGGGUGUUCCAUGGGCUCUGCAGACCAUGGCAGUGGACUAUGGCUCAGAGGUUCAGAUUAACAGUCGAGGGCUUGUCUACUCAGUGGUGCUUCUGCUGGGCUCUGUGGCAUUAACAGUUCUGGCGAUCCACGUAAACAACUGGAAACUGGACCUGAAGCUGGGCAUCUAUGUCCUACUGCUCUACGCGGUGUUCCUCUGUUUCUCCAUUAUGAUCGAGUACAACGUCUUCACCUUCGUCAACCUGCCCAUGUGUCAGGGGGACUUCUAGACGUCCAGGCCUCGACCACCUGUCUUGUCGGCCUCUCGGCCUCUGUCCCAACCCCACCUCGGAUGUCCUCCGACGCCCAACGACCAAAACCACCCAGCCAACCACCAUUGGCUGUGAAGUGUCUUGGUGUCCCAUACACUCAUUCAAUCCGAGACUCCCACGGGACCCAUGUUUACCUUUCCUGUUCUCUCAGUCUCUUGUUCUCACGGUCACUUUUUCUAUCAUUUUUUUUUCCUUCAUCCUCCCCCAUUAAUUUGUCCUGUUGGUCUUUUUCUUCCAUGUAGAUUGGGAGAAAAUGAUUAUAUUUGUGUGAACUUGUUUGGUUUUUCUUUCAUGGUCUUUUUUUUCUGUUUCCUGUUUUGUCUUCAUCGUUACGAUGGAGAGUUUGGGAGUCCUCAGUGCCACCUCCUCCUCCCUCUCCUCUCCUCUCCUCUCCGGCAUGUCCUACCUGUGUUCUCUUUCCUUCCUUUUUCUUCUGAAGAACCGGUUCCAUCCCAUGAAGGAGGAACUUCUCCUUGGCAGCUCUCCACCUCCACAGCGUCUCCUCUUCCUCCUCCUCUCUCUUCUCAUGACUCUAGGUCAACCACAAAUGGAUCAUCUUUCCUGCCAAAACCAAAAAAAAGAUAAAACUGCAUGCAUCCUCCUUUUCUUCUCUCUUGUCAAAUACCCCAUAACCCUGGUCACCAAGGCACUUUCUGUUACAUGGUGUUCAGUGAUUUUUUUUUAUUAUGAUUUUAUUAUUUGUUUUGUUUUGUAUUGUUUUCUUUUUAGCUUUUCUGCCCAGCACUUGACUACUUCAGAGAGUGGGGGCCUUGAGUCUGCAGCAGUUCACAAAGGGGAGAUCUAAACAUAUCAUAAAUCUCAUCUCUCUUGUAUCAAUACAGUUGAAUUGUUGUCAUUUAUUUUUCUCCCCUAAACAAAGAAAUAAGCGUUGUGUAAAAAGAUCACAGGGCAGAAUGCAAUCAGUGCAGAUCGAGCAUCCAUUUGCAAUUAACAUAAAUGUAGACGUCGGGACAAUGCGAUUGGUUCCAUUCCCCACCAGUCACUUGAAUGGGAGGGAGACCUUAACUUGCAAUGAUUCUAUUGGGUGAUCUUUCAUCAGUUAUAUUUUUUUUUUGUCAAGAAAUAGUUAUGUCAUCAUUUACCAGCUGCACAACACCACACACAUCUGCAUGCCAGGACAGAGGUGGAAUCUGGUAGGGGCAAUUUUUGGUUAAUUUUCUGAGUGGAGGAGAAAGGCAGCACCGAUUUAUACAGUCCUGGUGGGAUUUGUUCAGACUGACGGACUGACUCCAAAGGGUAUAGUGUACUAUUUUUAUUUUGUCGCUCUUUUUUGUUUGUUUGUUUGUUUUGUUAUUGUAAUAGUUGAUGUAGAGCCAGGGCUCUCGUCCUGAAGCGAGCUGCUUGACCUCUUGCCCACUUUGGGGGCACAAGGAGAGUAAAUAUCCCCUACUCUGCUUGGGCUGUUUUUUCUUUUCUUUUUUUUUUCUUUUAGAGUUCUAAACCUGUUUUUUGGAAAUCAGGGAAUUAAAUGAGCUUCAUACACCCCUCCCCCAAGUAAAAGGGUGGGGGAGUUUGGUGAUGUUCUCUUGUUGUGGAAUUUACAUGUAGGUAUUUGCACUUUAAAAACAAAGCAAAGCAGUCCUCCCAUCCAAUCAGUGCUUCCUCUUAUGUGUGCACGACUGGUUGUAAUGUGCGAGUCUGCGUGCGCGUGGGUAUGUGAGUUUUAUUUUGGUUUUGAAGGACUUCAUCCUGUCUACUUUCCUCGUCUCCACCUCCCAUCCCCACCAUGAGCACAGUCUCAAAGAGCACAUCUGUGUCUGCAAUGCAUGAUGGGAACUCUUUCUGGAGGUGGGUUAGGAGGAGGAGGGGUUGUGGGGUGGGGGGGAGGGUGCACAGUUGCAACUGUAGUGUUCCUCCCCUGCCCCCGUCCCCUAGCUUUUCCCCUCCCUGAAGUGCCCACCUGGUCCUCUCUUUACACAAAGUGGCAGCUACAAGCAGCACAGCAAUCCAGACGUCUCACCUCAUGAUGCAAAAACCAACCUGUGGAGGGACCUGGGCUGUGUCAGGGGUGCGGGCGUAGGGGCGGGGAGGGGGACCUGAUUGGGCAAAGUCACCAGCGCCUGGCUACUUGGCUCUGCCUGACCCUGACCUUUGACCUUUUCCGUCCUGCCCCCACCCCCUUUCCCCUCCACCAUCGUGUCACCAGAGGGCCGGUGCAGGCCGGUGCUAGUCUGGUUUAUGCAAUCACAUCCUGGACAGAACUGAAGGGAGGGGAAAGGUGGUCGACACAAUUAAAAGCACUGUACUGCACUGGGAAAGCUCUAUGAAAUGGGGUGGUGGAGGGGGGUGGCAUUUGUCAUUUUGGAAGCCCAGACACCAAGAUGAUCACAGAUUGCCGUGGGGUUUUCCUCUCCUGAUGGCUGAAAAAAAGGGCAGAAAGUUCCAGAAGUUGUCUAUGCAGGUGGAGCUAUUCAGCUCCUUGCCAGGUGACCUUGUACGACCUCUACUCCCUCUUCGUCUGCCUCUGCUCUUGGUCCAUUGAAUGGAUGCAUGCACUCCGCGGAGGAACCUCCUCUUAUUUGUGUGUGAUGGAAUUGACUGUGUUGAUUUGUGAUGAAAUUCUAUUGUGUGUAUAUAAGUAUACAUAUCGUUAUUUAUUAUUUUUCUUUUGGCGUGGGGGUUUUAUGUCUCAGCUGCUACCGAUUUUGGAGGAAGUGACCACACAGGAAGUGAGGUAACGGGUGUCAGUUAAGUCUCCGUGCUCAUUUGUACUGCCCAGGCCAAACCUAUAUCUCUGUCACUCUAAUGUAUUAUUACAGUAUAGAGAGAAAUUUUUGUUCUUCUAUUUGAGCAGGUAUUCUAUCUUGUGCCAUUCUAGUACUACAAUCUGUAAAUAUCACGUGGCGGUCAUUUCUUGAAGCGUUUCUUGACCUGUAAAUAUUGAAAAAUUUUGUUCGAAAGCAAAAAAAAAAAAAAAGAGGAAAGUGAUUUUUUUUUUUGGGGGGGUUCCUUGAAUGGUUAUCUUUACAGAAUAUUAGUUGUAAGUGGUAGGUUGACCGUUUUUUGCAUUUCUUUUUUUUUCUGAAUGCAACCAGACCCUGUGCCCAAUAGUUUGUGUGGUCACCUCCUCUGUAAACGACUUCCCACCAUUUUGUGUGUGAGCGUGUGUUAUUUCUCUUGAUCUGUUCACAUACACACACCAACACACUCUGUAAUAUUUCACUGGAUAUUUAGCAGUGUAUGUUGAUAUCAUCACUCACUUUUUAAAAAAGAGUUUAAAGAGAAAUAAACAAAAUCAAGUAGAAUUCAGAUGCCAUAAAUAUUGUAGCUCUGCGUAUUCAGAUUGUAUGAAAAUAAAUAAAAACAGUGAAUAACUGUGGACAGACGACACACACACACACACACACACACACACCUAAAUAUGAUCUACUGUGUGGGAUAUAUACUGAGGGGAAAGGGAUGUAAUUCUACUGAUUGAAUGCGACCCUAUGCACUGUGAGCUCAAUGUGGUGGAGUCCCGUCAGUGAUAAAUGAUAAAUGCAUAAAAACAUAAUGAAUAAUUUAAUAAAUUAAUAUAUUUAAUGUAAAGUUAGUUACAGUAAAAUAUAACUGAAGACAUCUGUAUACCUUAUAUGAAUGUAUUGUCUUGCUAUAAUGGACAUAUCCAACCAAUGCAUUUUACUGUUAAGCAAUAAUGUGAAAAAAAAUAAUGAUAAUAAAUCUAGCGAAAUAA